AUGGAGCCUUCUGAAGAACCUAGUCAGAUUAGCAAAGAUAACUUUUUAGAAGUUCCUAAUGUACCUGAUUCUCUUUCUGAAGAUGAAGAAGUUAAAGCUACCUUCAGACCUGGUUUCUCCCCUCAACCUAGCAGACGAGGUUCUGAUUCAUCUGAAGACAGUUACCUGGACAAUCCACCUUCAGGUGCAAGAAGAGUUUCAUUUGCUGACAACUUUGGGUUCAAUCUUGUGUCUGUUAAAGAAUUUGAUUCCUGGGAAUUUCCGAGUGGUUCAACUGAUUUUGACUUAAUGAAGGACAUUUUCCACACAGAAGAAUAUGUUUUAUCUCCACUAUUUGACUUGCCUUCUUCAAAAGAAGACCUUAUGCAACAACUUCAAGUACAGAAAGCAAUACUGGAAUCAACUGAGUAUCUUCAUGGAUCUACAAGUAUGAAGGGCAUUAUUCGAGUUUUGAAUAUUUCUUUUGAGAAGUUAGUAUAUGUGAGAAUGUCCUUAGAUGACUGGCAGACAUAUUAUGACAUAUUAGCAGAAUAUGUCCCAAAUUCAUGUGAUGGUGAAACUGACCAAUUCUCCUUUAAAAUUUUAUUGGUUCCUCCUUAUCAAAAAGAUGGCAGUAAAGUUGAGUUUUGUAUACGUUAUGAAACCUCUGUUGGUACAUUUUGGUCAAAUAAUAAUGGCACAAAUUAUAUACUGGUUUGUCAAAAGAAAGAACAAGAGCUGGAGCCUGGAAAACUACAGGAAGAAGUUCCUAACAGACAAAUAAAAGGCUGCUUAAAGGUAAAAUCAAGUAAAGAAGAAUCAUUGGUAACAUCAGAUGAGAAUAACUCUGAGAAUUCAAAGAUUACAGACACCUAUGUCCCAACAAUUGUUUUUUCUCAUGAGGACAAGCAAGACUUGGAAACCAGUAAUCAGAAUGUAAAAGAUGUAAACACGGAACACGAUGAACAUAAUGAAAAAGAAUUAGAUUUGAUGAUAAAUCAACAUUUAAUAAGAAGUACUGCUUCCAGAGAUGAAAAGAAUACAGUCAAUUUUCCAAAUAAAGCUGAGGGGUUACAGAAGAAGCAAAUCCAUGAUGAAGUAUACACUGACUUGUUUAACAGGCCUUUGUCUUCAAGUUCAUCAGCAGAAAGAUCCUUAAAGGGAGAGUUUUACCACAAUGAAAAAUAUUCCUCAGGAAAUAAGUGUAGUUAUCAACCUUCAGAGGAAAUUACUUCAGAUAUGGGAGAAAUCAAGCCAUCAUUGGGAAAUACUAGUAGUGAUGAAUUAGUGCAAGUACAUAUUGGUAGCAAAGAAGUACUGCAUAAUAAUGCUAAUCCAGCCCAAGGGAGAGGCAGAGUGCAAAUAUCUUGUCCCUCUGCAGAUCAACUAAUGGCAGACAACCUUAAUCAAAAACUUGAAGGAGAAGCUAAACAAACUGAAGUAAAAGAUUGGGAAUGUUUAAGAAGUGAUUUCCGUUUGGAUUUCCAUUCAGAAGAGUCUAGAGAAAAAGGAUCUUCCAAGAAAGCUUAUGGCAAUGGUAAGAAUGAGGAGGGGCAAAGAAUAUGUUUAGGUGUUAAUGAAAAACACAGCAAAGAUUUACAGUCAAUCUUACAUGACCAAGAAAGGAAGAUGAGCCACUCUGAAAUAAGUGUGGAAGGGAUGGGAGCCAGUAACAGAGACCUAACUGCUCUGCCGAGUAAGGAUACCCCAAUUCAUGACCAGUCAAUCAGAGCAGAUAUAUUUCAUUCACCGAGGACAAAUCUAAGCUGGGAGAAAGCUGUGUUAACAACCUCAGACCUUGAUCUCUCGACUAGUGAAGGCACUAUUUUAGGAGGGAUGCCUGGUCAAGCUUGUUUACCAAGAAAUAGAAAUGUUUUGAGGAAUGAGUAUCUUUUCCAAGUUGAAGAAGAAAAAUCAGCUUGGAUUAAUCCCGAAGAUCAAAAUAAGAACACCCAGCAUAAACAAAGUUGGAAUGUUCUGGAAAGUCAGGGAAGAGCAAGAGAGAGUAAGACAAAUAUAACAGAGCAGACCAAAGAACAAGCAGAUUGUGGAGACAUGUGGGAAAAAAGAGAUAAUACAAGGAAUUUGAAAGCUAAUCCUACAGAAGAAUUGUUUACCUGCCAAGAAACAGCGAGCUGUGAACUGUCUUCUCUAGCUGAUCAUGGUAUUACUGAGAAAGCAGAAGCAGGUACAGCUUAUAUAAUUAAGACAACAUCAGAAAGUACUCUAGAAAGCAUGUCUGCUAGAGAAAAAGCAAUAAUUGCUAAGCUACCUCAAGAGACAGCACGAAGUGACAGGCCCAUCGAGGUAAAGGAAACAGCGUUUGAUCCACAUGAAGGGAGAAAUGAUGAUUCACAUGAUACCCUUUGUCAACGAGAUACAGUAGGUAUAAUCUAUGACAAUGAUUUUGAAAAGGAAUCAUGUUUAGGUAUUUGUAAUGUACAUGUAGAUGAAAUGGAGAAGGAAGAAACCAUAUCUAUUUACAAUCCUGGGGAGACACAUGACAGGAAGAAAUGUGUCAUUGGAAAUACAACAUCUGUAGAAGAAUCCUCACAGGUCAUUACAGACUAUCAAAAAGCAGCCUCAAAACUAGAUUUACAUUUGGGAAUGUUACCAACAGACAAAAAAAUAUUUCCAGAAAAUAGAGAUCACGGGCAGAUCCAAGAAUUAUCAAAGAAAACGAAUAUAGAUGCCAUUAUUCAUUCUGCUUUAAACUCAGACACUAAUAGAGCUUCUCAGAAUGGCUCUCACAUUUCUAAUCACCAUGUUAAAACUUCACUGCCAUCUCAUGAACAGGCCACUGCUAUAGAGAAUGCAAUUACUACCAUGACUCUCCAAUCUAUUUCUUCUAAAUCAAAAUAUAAUUGUAAUCCAACAAGUGAAAUCCAGGGUUCUGAGAAUCACCAUCAUCCUGCGUCUACACCUGAAGAAGUUUCCAAAAGUUCAAGAAUAGUGACAUCAGGUAGUAGGAGGGAAAGGUGUAUAGGCCAGAUUGUCCAACAAGGAGAAUGCAGUGUGGAGAAAUCUCUAGGGCCAACAAUUUUACUCAGUGAAGCUUUUGAGAACAUGGAAGAGGCAAGGAAUGAAAAAGAAGGAUUAAUAAACUCUGGACAAUCACUGUGCUCUUCAGGAGACAAGGAAUCUGAGAGCCCUGAUUCUGACAAUCUCCCUGCCCAGGAAAGUCAAGCUCAAAGGGAAUCUCUGCUUUCGAAAUACACCAACUCUAAAAUACCUUAUUUCCUUUUGUUUCUGAUAUUUCUUGUAGCCAUCUAUCAGUAUGACUUAAUGACCGGCUUGGCAUUCUACGUUUUUUCAUUGUACUGGCUGUGCUGGGAAGGGGGAAGACAGAAAGAGUCUGUCAAAAAGAAGUAA